AAACUAGCAGAGCGUUGAGAGAUUGGUCAGAGUACACAAUGGUGCUGUUGUUUGAUCAAACACCUUCCCCAUCACAGGACACACCAGCACACAUCGGUACAGAGACAGAGAGAUGAGCAACACAUCGGAAGAUCUCCUGAUCAUCUAUGAGUCAGAAGCAGAGCAGUGGGCAUCGUACCUGCGCUUCCACCUGACAGGCCCCAUUCCUGAGACUGGCAUCUGUUGUUAUGAUAUUGCUAUGGUGACCAGUCGCCAGGAUGACUUCCUGAGACUGGGAGAGUACAAAUGUAAGCUGCUUAUCCUGUCGCGUGGCAUGCUGGAGGGGCUAUGCCAGCUCCGGCGGUUCUUUCUGGCUCGUGUAUUGCGACCGGAGACCCGUGUGAUAAUUCUCCUGUGUGGAGUGGAGAGCCUGAAUCCUCUGCUGGAGCUGGUCCCACUGAAGGGGGAGGAGUGCCUCCAGAUCUCCAGCGAGCAGGAGCCCCAGGACUAUCGAUUGGCUGUGGCAGAGAUUGUACACAAAGGUGGACAGGCAGCAGCGGAGGAUGGAAAAUCAGUCCAGGAGCUGAAAGUAGGGAAGAAAUUGUCUAGUGGUGCUCUUGUCACUAAUCAGACUUUAUUGGUCCUACCCAGGCGUGUACCAUGUGAGAAUCCAGGGGAGAUAUUCAUUCUUCUGCAGGAGAUCAUGGCCAGCAAAGAUGCAGAGGUGGAGUUCAGUGGGAACAAGCAGCGAGUGAGAGUGAAGCCUGUGAAUUGGAAUGGAAGCACACUGAGUGUCACUGCACCUGAUUUUACUGCUGGAGAUGUGCUUGUGACACUUUACAGUAAAGGCCUGGUUAAAGGCAAUGCCUGCUUACAAUACUACACCAACCUGGGGGAUGUUGCCCAAUUCCUCCAGCAGGCUGCAGAUCCUGUGAAGUUUAUGUGCCAGGCCUUUCAGGUGUCUUCGGUGGAGAAGCUGGAUCAAACUCUAGCUUCUUGUCUGAUGCAAAAAAUGCCGACAGGAGGUUUCCAGGGCCUGCAUUGUGAUCAGUCUCCUGCUAGGGAGUGUAGCUCAGAGGACAUCCCUACUCUCCUGCAUUUUGCUGCCCAGCAUGGAUUGCGAGAUCUGGCCAGUGCUCUGCUGCAGUGUCCUGGAUCCCGACAGGCCCUAAAGGUCUCCGACAGUCAUGGAUAUACACCACUGGAUCUUGCACACGUACAUGAACACAAGGAGCUCUACAUCCUCCUACAGGAGUCACUGGUAUUUGAUGACAAUGAUGGCAACAUUGACACCAGUGUAUAUGAGUUGAUGGGCAGAGCAGAUAAUCUUCAGGUGGCUUAUCCUAAUGAGGAACACCAAAACAGUGAAGAUGAGAAUGUCUAUACUCCUCUGGGUAAAGAUGAGGAAGAGUAUGACACCAUCCUUACAUCCAGCGGCUCUGUAGCAAUAGUGAACCGCCCCCCUGCACCGACCCCACGGCCUGAUUCACUUCCCACCCCAGAUGACAAGACUCCCUUCAUUGCACAAGUAUUCCAAAAGAAAAAGUCCCAAGGAGAUGCUGAAACACUAUAUUCUCUUCCCACAAGACAGGCAAGGCAAAGGGAUAGCAUCUCGUCCACUUAUGACACCUUUGUGCCCAGUCAGCCACCAGGACUGGACGAGCUGAUCAAACUUCAGGAGGAGGUGAAAAUGGGCACACUAAGUAUAGAUGAUGCUCUGGACCAAUUCAAUGACUGGCAAAGGCUUCAGAAGGGAACGGACAGUGUCCAACAGGAGAAAAUACAGCAAUUGAGGGAAAGCAUCGUCAGCAACAGAGAGGAUGAUGAAAGUGUAUAUGAUAAAAUCAGCAUCAUUCAUCACACGCCAACUGCGCCUGCAAAUGAGUGUCGAAGAUUGAGCCAGCAACUGGACACAGAGUUCUACAGUAAACCUCUUAAAGGACAAAAUUCAAAUUUCUUCAGGAAGGCAGAUAAGUAAAAUCAUCCUGUUUGAAGAAACACUGAAUGCUGCUCUGAAGAAAUGCACUAAACAGGAACUGAUACAUUGUAGUUAAUAAUAAAAACAAUUUCACUGCAAUUUGUAACUAUUUUACAUUUUACAAAUUGGUAUUGGAAUUGGAAUAUGCAUGAAUCCCAAAUUUGUUAGGGUUAGGGGUGGAACGUCAUGCUUUCUUUUUUUCUAAAAAUCAUACAUUUUCAUAUGAAUCACUUCAUACAAAUUCAUACGAAAGUGCCAUCACUUUCGUAAGUUGCAUUUUCUCAUCGGGUUGGUUAAUAUCCAGUCUGUCAGACUCUUAGUCAUAUCCAACUAUUCACUAUUUUACUAUCCCACUAUUUUUUCUUCCUUCCUGUUUUUUUUUUUUUUUUUGAAUGCCUCUCAAGGCUUUAGUAGCAUUUUUUAUAUAAAGAUCUUUUUGUAGCUUUCACCACCACUGUUUACUCAAUAUUAUUUAAACAUAUAUUUAUAAUUUCUUUAAAAUGUUGUCAUAUUUAUAAUUUAUAUUCAAUAAAGAAUUCUACUAUUAUUUGAUGAGGAUGUCUUAUUAAUGUUUUCUGUCUCAUGGUUUUAAAGAUAUUUUUAGUUACGUUGCAUGUUCUGGACCUAAGGGGGUGCUGUGCUACUAAGCAUAGCAAUCGGUUUUCUGGUCUACGCAGAUCUCUCACAUUGUAUUGACGGUAUUGCAUUUUGAUGGACAAAAACAAAGCCAUUGCACAUCCCAUUGUCCCUGUGGACCUCUCAGUACCAUACGGAUCACUGAUUGUAAGUAAGGACACAAACAAGCGUCUGGGAGAAAGCAACUACAGAAGUGAGGUCUUCCCACACGCUGCUUCGGUGUCAGGGGACACGGAUCUAAUGCGGAUCUGCGAUUCGAGGCAAAACCCCAGGAGCGGCGCUGCUAACCCGCUCUGCCUGCCAACCCUAGCAGCUGGACACAUUUGCAUUAUCAAUCAUGCUCUUUGUGAAUAAUAUGUAUUAAAGCCUUGCUGCUCCACAGUGCUUGGAUGAGCCAGUUCUGCCUCCAGAGAUGAUUCGGCUCCUGCAGCCCUGGUGGCAUUUGUGACCGUGUGUUUGCCUGUCACCUGCUGCUCUGGGAAAGAGACAGGCUUUCUGAUCCAUGGCUGGAUCAGGCUUUGACAUUCCUUCUUCAACUAUGAGAGCGUUCCAU